AUGGAUGUAGAGGAGGAAAGCCAAGAGGAUGCACUGAAAGUCAAGGCGAUCUUUGACCUCCUCCUGUUUCUCGCCAGCUUGAAGCACACUAACGCCCCGCCCGAUCUGGUGCUUGCUCUGGGCAGCAGGGUGAGGCCAAGGUCGAUACAGGCAUAUAGUGACGCCAAAUACAUGCUUCAUAUCGGAAGAAACGCAGCUUAUGCGAUGCUGGGGGCUCUGGAGGCGCACCAAAGUGCCCUGCUGCAGGCGCUCUGCGGAGCGGAGGUGUUCAGCGGCGUGCAGCACAUACUCCAGAAGGAAUAG